CUGGGAUCAGUCCAUGUCUCCACGGCUGAGUGAGACCAUGACAUCUACAGCUCGCCCAUCCCCACAAAUAUCCAAAUGCAAUGGGGAAUAUGAGCUUCAGUACACACGUUGGCUCCUGAUAGCUCUGGGAAUUUGGUCUAGAACAUCAGACAACGCUGCACAAACCGAAAAAGCUUGUUCAAGGUUGACCAGCUGUGUUUUCGUCUUUGCUGCAGCUAUCACUGUGAUACCCUGUCUCAUGUUUUCAUUGAUAACAGUCAAAACUAUGGAGGAGAGAUUGGUGUUUAUCGGACCCUUAGGAUUUCACGUUAUAAAUAUAUUGAAGUGGCUUUUCAUAAUGUGUCGAGCUGACAGCAUGAAAAAAUGCAUCAAUCAUAUGAGAACUGAUUGGCUCGAGGCUGUUACCAGAGAGGAGCAAAAUGUUAUGCUGAAAAGUGCUGAUUUGGGACGACGUCUCACACGUAUGUGCGCCAUAUUCAUGUACAGUGGUGCAAUAUUUUUCCAAGCAAAAACUAUUUUCGCACCAGAAGGAAUAGCUGUCAAUGAAACGAGUAGACGACACGUACUCCCCAGGUACAAUUAUAUCCUGAAUUGGCAAUUGAGUCCAGCAUUUGAAAUAGCGUACAGUACUCACACCACUUUGAUGGUAUUUCUCUAUACAAUCGAAAUUGUAACAUGUAAUUUGACAGCAGUAUUUGCUAGUCAUAUCUGCGGACAAGUUCAGGUGAUGAAGCUGAAGUUGAAAAGGCUUGAAGAUUUUAGUAUUUGUGGGAGGUCAGAGAGUGUCGUUCAUUGUAUAGCAGCUGUGAUACACUGUCAUGUGAGAAUAUUAACGCAAGUAAAUUGUCGUAUGGAAUUUGUUGUUUGGUUUGAAAAUAUUCGCAAUGCGUUACGGGAAAUCUGUCUGGUAGAGGUGGUGUAUUCAACAGUCGUCAUGUGUUGGCUGGAAUUCUACUGCUUGAGGGAAUGGAGCAACAGCGAGACCCUCUCCCUUGUCGCCUAUAUCACGUUAUUUAUAUCACUAACAUUUAAUAUUUUUAUCCUCUGUUACAUCGGUGAAAUACUAAAAAAUGAGUGCGAGUCUGUGGCUGAGACAACUUACAUGAUAGACUGGUGUCAAAUAUCUCCGAACAAACUAUCAUCCCUGAUUUUAAUAAUCACCAUGGCAAGAUAUCGUCUGGGCAUAACAGCAGGAGGAAUGAUGGAAAUGACACUUCAAAGUUUUGGUUCUGCAAGUAUUUCAUUUAUGCCAAUAGAAGGGCAACUUGACUUUCAUAAUUUAAAUUCAUUGCAGGUGCUUAAAACAUCAUUUCUAUACUUCCAAAUGUUGAGAACAGUCACUGAGUCUUCGUGAAGACAAU